ACGUAAAAUUUUCAUGCUUUUCCGUUUUUACAGUAUUCGUGGCCGCAUAUGUAACUCACACAGAUCACGAAUACCGUAAGAACGAUAACGUAAGGAAGACGUUUUUACGUCUUACGGCCCAUCACUAGAUAAAGAUGGUCAUUUUAUUCACACAUUCCUCUCUUUAUAUAUCUAUCGUUGUCAAGAUAUUUCUCUCUUUUCCUUUCUUCACAUAUACUUACCACAGUUUAUUUAUCAGAUAUUUAUUCAUUCAUCCUAUUUGACCAAUCUAUAUUAUGGUUAAAGAGAAAACAGUGAAACACAAGAUCGCCUAAAAGUUUGUCUGCCAUUUUAUCUUGCAAGGUUUAGACAAACCAGACAGUUUUUCCGAAGCCCAAGGACUCCCCUUUCUUUAGGUGUGGCACUAUUGUAAACACACGAAACAUAGGUUAUCGAUUAUGCUCAAUCUCGUGGCAGUGUUAGUUUUCAGAACAAAAUGCAAGAACCGAGUGAAAACCUAUACUAAGCGAUAUAACCCAUUUUUGAUUAUUUUCAUCAAAAUUUAAAAAAUUCAUAACUGAGUCAAAAACCAUUCAAACUACUUCAGAAUUUCGGCAAACCCUCCAUUUUAUCUGCAGUUCAAUAAGUUCGCAAUAAUGCUCAAUAAAUGUUAAAAAAUCCAACAGAAAAUGCUUUGAUUUUUAGAAAGGUUUCCUAGAUCGCUGCCAUAUUUUGGCGAUCGCAGUAACUCUACAAAAAACGAAAUAUUUUUACACUACGUCAUAUUCAUCCUACUUAUUCAUUUUUUCUCAUUUUACGUCGCAAUUUGUAUGAAUAUCAGUAACGAGAAAGUAAAGCAUCUGUUUAUGUCUUCUAUUUAAAUAAUGAAAUUUUACAUUAUAUAAGCCAAUCUUUGUUCGUCUCUUGUUGUUUUUUCUUUCUACGCUUACACUGAUACAUAGAGAGACCAAUAAACUUGGUGUUACCUUUUUGUCAUAUAAUAAUUUUUCAUUGGUUAAUUUAUUAUAUGUUAGUACUCAUUUGUCCGUUAAACAUAUCACAUUUGUUUGCACUCAAAGCUUUUGUACCCUUUAAGGAGAAAAACAGCGACUUUUAUACCUGUCAGUUAUCUAAUGAAGUGAACAGUAUUUUGCCUAACUCUCUCUGCCCGUGGAUUUUAAAACACAAAAUGACUUCUACUCUAGUGAAUAUACUUGAUAGGAGUAUGAUUACCUGACGAGUACUUGGCAGGUGACGAGCUAAAUUAAUUUCAAGUAAAUUUACUUGGAAAAAUCCACAAGUAUUAUCCUCAUUAUUUAACUCAAGUACGUGGCUCAAGUACAUUCACCAGGGUGUUCACCUCUAUAAUACAAUAUUGAAUAUCGUGAGCAUAUGAGUUUCGUUUUCACUUUCUUGUGUGUUGAACCGAAACCACAACAUUGAAAAUCUUAGAACAGAUACUUAUUAAAAAUAAUUCACGAUCAAAUGCCAUUCGAGUUAAUUUUACAUCAUUACAAGAAGUACUGUCAAUGUUAUAUGAUACUUUAUAAUAAUGUGGAGAUGUUAUAUCAAUUUUGAUCGAUUCGUAGUCGUAUUAAACCUUUGUGUUAAACUGAAGUGUUUUUAUCCUUUAAAGUUUCGAUGCAUCAAAGAAAAGCUAAAAUAUGUGCUAUGUAGGUAGUGAUUACUUAAGAAAAAAACACUUUCUCUCCGAUGCCAUUGACCAUGUGAGAAAAAGAAAAAAUCGUACAGAUUUUUUUGAUUUUUUUAUGUUUGAAUAGAAUAUUCGAUUCUAUCAGUUUUAUUUUGAUAAAUAUUUUGUAUCCUUCAAUUUAGAAAGUGAGUUAUUCUUUUUUCAAAAACAAGAAAUCAAGUGACGAUAAGAAUGAAUGGUUUAUUAUUUGUAAUUGUGUUGUCUGCUAUAAGUGUAAAAGCGAUUAUCGGUUGCUCAUGUGCUUUUCAACAUUAUGCUAAUGAACAAGAGGAACAAGCUGCUUUCGUUCGUGACUUUAAUACAACACCGUAUGUAUUUAUUGGUACCGUUACCAGUGUAACACAAAAACCUUUAGUUCAAACACCUGGCGUAAUAAGUUUCAAUAUGAAUCCAAAAAUAGUUCAUUUUAAAAUUGAACAAAAUUUUAAAAAGAAUCAGCAAGAUUUGAAAGAAAUUACUGUUAAAACAGCAUCGCAAGAUUCUAUGUGUGGGGUGGGUGCUAGUGUCGGGGAAAGAAUGCAAGUGUGGGCAUAUGGAACUGGUGAUACAAUUAGUAUAAGCCUUUGUACAAGAACUACAAGAUGGGCUGAUCAAGAUAUCAACAGACUUCAAAAUUUACUGAAUGGUACAUCAUAA